CUUGACGCAAGUGGUGAUCUGCAUUGCCACAAGCAGACGUAGUGUGCUCUGUUUUUUUGGGGAGGAGGGAGAGCAGAGGACAACAACUGGGAAGCUACCGUAGACGAAUUCUGUUCCUCGCCGCUGGAUGUUUACGUAGUCGUUCUUACUUCACCAAUAUUCGUUACGAAUUCUGCUCACCACUCGCACCAUGGCUGCUACGCAAUCAUAAGCGUUGAUUCUCUUCAUUGUCUCUUCUUCGGUGUUGUCAAUUUUAGCACUCUUUCCUUUAAUCGUCGUACCACGGCCUCGAACGCCGAAAGGACAAACGAUAUGGAAAAGUCCCUACUACACAGAGAAACCAGAACCAGAAAAAGAUGGGCAAUCAUUUCCUCCUUCUCCCUUGUUAUAUCAGUUGUCUUCCUGAUCCUGUGUGAACUGGGAACCACAUCCUCUAGUCGACUUCCGAACGUUUACUUUAUCAAAUUAGAUCUUAGCAACAUCAUUCCCACGAGUGUACCUAACUAUAGUCUGAUCAAUACCAUAGCGCAGACAUUGGGUCUACACGAUUACUACCAGGUUGGUCUGUGGAAUUACUGCGCGGCGAAUAAUGGUGAAGGCAUCGUCGAGUGCUCGAAGCCCAAGACGCUUUUCUGGUUCAAUCCCAUCGCUGUGAUACAGAGCGAACUGCUCUCCGGCGCAACAAUCGCCUUUCCUACUGAGAUCCAAAAUGUCUUACACAUCUUGAAGACAGCCUCACAAUGGAUGUUCGGCCUCUUUCUCACAGCCGUUGUCUUGGACUUCGUAAUGAUUUUCAUUACUCCCCUCGCCCUCUACUCGAAACUUUUAAGUCUCCCAAUCGCCAUCUUCAGCUUCCUUAGCGCGCUUGUCACUACCGUUGCCGCCAUCCUCGGCACUGUGAUAUUCGUGAUCUUCCGGAAUGCCGCGCGUGCUCAAACAAACCUCAACAUUGGCGCCAAUAUUGGAAGCGAGAUGUUCGCAUUUAUGUGGAUAGCUGCGGGGUUUUCGCUGUUCAGCUUCUUGAUACAAAUGAGUCUUCUAUGUUGUUGCAGGAGUAGGCGAAAAGCAAAGAAGGAAUGGAGAAAGCGCCAUGCGAACAGUGUGAACGGGUCAGACAAGGAGAAGGACGAUGCAUCACCACAGAGAUCAUCAAUGACUUGAAAGACAUGUUAAAUGCAUUGCUGACAAAGCUGUGCGUGAAAGGUUCUGCACAUGUCAACACUGCAUCAGCGACCCAUAUGAAACGGAGAUUCGUACGCUGAAGGAGACCGACCUCGCCAAUCGCCAUUGUCGCGUAAUUUGCGUAUGUUGCUAGCUUUUUCUAUGAUGACGACAAUAUGCUCAACCUUUGGAAGCAUUCCUGCAGGUUUUCGGUCUGCUAAGGUUUGCAUCAACGAGUGAGGCCACCCUCGUCCUAUUAGAAUUAGAUAGAGGUACAAGAAGUACAAUCAAAGUGUUUGAGCCA